ACUGAGCGCAUAUGUGUGUGUGCCAGUUCACUGAGGCAGAGUCGCGCGGACACACCUCAAACCCCAAGAAGUGAUCCGGAGAGGCACCGAUGUGGCCUGAACCACUUUGUCAUUUUGAAUAUUAAACAACUUGAGUUGGAGAAGUCGCGUCGGGCUCGACUUUGAGAUCGGUGUGACCCUGGUCUGUCGCUGUCACCGGGGAGGAGUGUCAUGGCGGAGCCCGACUAUCUGGAGGGAGACUGUGAUGAGCUCAUCAAACCCAAGAAGCUGAUCAACCCGGUCAAGAACUCCCGAAACCACCAGGACCUGCAUCGAGAGCUGCUCAUGAACCAGAAGAGGGGUCUGGCUCCUCAGAACAAACCUGAGCUCCAGAAGGUUCUGGAGAAGAGAAAGAGAGAGCAAGUUCUCAAGGCUCAGAAGGAGGAGCAGGAGGCACACAAGAAGAGGAGCGACCUGGAGAUAGAGCUCAUGAAAAGACAACAGAAGCUAGAGCAGCUGGAGCUGGAGCAGCAGAAAAUUGAGGAGGAGCAGGAGAACACUCCCGAGUUUGUGAAGAUGAAAAGCAACUUGCGCAGGACCAAGCAGGAGGCCGAUGGCGAGGAACGAACCACCUAAAAACCAGCAGGGGUGUCUGGGUCUGGCUGAUUGUGCGCGUGUUUGUGUGCACGGAGACGUCAGGAGUGUGUGCACAAAAGAGAGAGAGAGUGUGUGGUGGUGACCUGACGGUGGUCCGAGAUGAACUUCCUGGCUUUUCCAACCUAGCUGUUCCUUCCUGCAGUGAGGAGAGAGACUUUACAGACUAAAGACCCCCCUCUGUCUGCCUGCCACGGACCGCCAGUACUCACCUCUGCUCCUCACACCCAUCCAGCAGCACACAGCACCCCCUGCAGGAGGGACCUCACACAGACAUGUUACCCGCUUUUCAAUGAGGCCGAGCAAGCUUCCAAUGAGCUUUGAUGGAGGAACAACCACACACACACACACGCAGGAGUUUUCAUCCCCUCUGUUUUCACUCCUCUCUCUACAGCAAGCUGUCGUUUCUCUUUACUGUUAUUGAUGUUGUUAUCGUUGUUGUUUUGUUCUCAUCUUCAGAAUCAAAAAAAGGAAAAGUGGACACUGGAUGGACUCUUGAAGCUGUGUAAUGUAAAAGCCAAACAAAUGUGCUUUUGUUAUUUAUGUUUGUAGCUUUUAGCCCAGGUAUAGGGGAGGACACUUUUAGUCGUUCUGUAUUUUAGUUUGUUUUACAGCAUAGCUUAUGAAGCCAGAACAGGACAAAGGGAGUGUAUGGUCGUGUGAAACACUCAAAUUUGGUUUAUUUUUAUUUUUUAUUUUAAUUCUAAACAUGCCAUUUCCUCAGCUAAUGCAAUUUUGAGCAAUAGUGCAACUCCCAGGCAUGAGAGUGACCUUUUCUUUAUAUAUUCUGUUGUUUUGUAUGAAUAAAAGUGUUACUUAAUAAAUAAUUUAAGUUUUCGUUAGGCUGGUCAAUAAGAAUAUGACUUGAGCUGUGUCUGAUCAGUCUUUGUGUGCUUUUAUGAACAAAGAUUUGUUAGAAAGGGUGCACAUGUAGGCCAGCUGUCAUAAAAAAUAUAAUUGAUUGGUAGGUCUUGGUAUAAAUGUAUGGCUCCUGAAACAACUCUGAUAAGCAUCCUGGAACUUUCUCACUUUGGUAUUUUGUCUUUAUUUACAAUGGAGCCAUAGAUGUGCACACAGAUCAUUUAAAUCAGUAAAUAUGAAUUAAAGUGGCCACUCGCAAAACAGUUUAACUAGCGUAUGUAGCCAUUACCAUACACAAAUUCCAAAAUUCUGGUUUGUGGGUCUUCAAGAGAUGAUGGCCAUUAUUCUCACGGGAAGAAGCAGAUUUAUAACAACAUAACCUUGUGUUCUUCUCCAGAAUCUUCUUUUAAAUAAAUAUAAUUUUAACACGUUC